UCGCUGUCCAAGGUGCUGAAAGAGGAGCAUCGUCUUUUGCAGCUUCGGUCGCUGUCCAAGGUGCUGAAGAGGGACAUCGUCUUCCUCAGCUUCAGUCGCUGUCCAAGGUGCUGAAAGAGGAGCGUCGUCGUUGCAGCUUCAGUCGCUGUCCAAGGUUCUGAAGAGGAGCAGCGUCCUCCUCAGCGUCAGUCGCUGUUCAAGGUGCUGAAGAGGAGCAGCGUCUUCCUCAGCUUCGGUCGCUGUCCAACGUGCUGAUGAGGAGCAGCGUCUUCUGCAGCUUUAGUCGCUGUCCAAGGUGCUGAAGAGGAGCAUCGUCUUCCUCCUCAGCUUCGGUCGCUGUCCAAGGUCCUGAAAGAGGAGCAUCGUCUGAUGAAAAUGUAAGAUAGGUUUAGCGCCCUUCCUUCCACGUGUGCAUGCAGGGAUUGUCGAGCCUCCAGCGGACGCAACAAGAGAGAUUUUUCCCUCCACAAAAUCAUGUUGUUGGACCUGCGCCUGCAUGGCUGGGAUUAAACCUUGAGGGACUCCAGUGAGCGAUGUCAUUUCUCAGAGGUGAGUCAGCUAAAGGGGGAAUUUGACGCAGAGCAUACUUCAACGUGGACGACAUGUAAACACGGAGCAGCUGCAGCUUUGCUGCUGAUUGUUCAAUGUCACCAAAUUUUAAUCGCAGAGGAUUGUAGUUUUUUUUUUUUCUUCUUCUUCUUUCUUGGAGGCUGAACAAGUUCUCCAUAACACACAUCCACCACUGCAGAUUCCUAAAGAAACACAACGCUGCCAGUCACGUGACCACGGGGAGAAUGGCGCCUGAUUUAAGGUUUCCAGCGGCGGUGUAAGGAUGACAUUCCCCUAAAGUGGUUAAGGAUGGGCCCCGCCCUCUCGGCCGCCCUGGUCUUCCUACUGGCCCUCGGCCCCGCCGCCCGGCUGGCGAGCCAGGAGGAUUACGCGGGUGACGAGGCCGAGCGGACGGCGGGCGACAGCCUGGUGUUCGAUGACUACCGGGGCAAAGGCUGCGUGGACGACAGCGGCUUCGUGUACAAGCUCGGGACACGCUUCUACCCGGGUCACUCCAGCUGCCCGUGUGAGUGCACGGAGGACGGGCCGGUGUGCGACCAGCCUGACUGCCCCAGACUCCACCCCAAGUGCACCAAGGUGGAGCACAAUGGCUGCUGCCCCGAGUGCAAGGAGGUCAAGAACUUCUGCGAGUACCGAGGGAAAACCUACAAAAUCCUGGAGGAGUUCAAGCCGUCGCCGUGCGAAUGGUGCCGCUGCGAGCCCAACAACGAGGUGCACUGUGUGGUGUCCGACUGCGCCGUCCCGGAGUGCGUCAACCCCGUCUACGAGCCGGAGCAAUGCUGCCCCAUCUGUAAAAAUGGUCCAAAUUGCUUCGCCGGAUCGACAAUCAUCCCAGCCGGGAUUGAGGUAAAGGUGGACGACUGCACCAUCUGUCGCUGCCAUAACGGCGACUGGUGGAAACCAGCUCAGUGCUUGCGGCGCGAGUGCCUCAAUGGCCAGUCGUCAUAGAGAGAGACUCAGGCAAGACCCUGACCAUGGACACCCUUUGUCAUAGAGAGAGACUCAGGCAAGACUCUGACCAUGGACACCCUUUGUCAUAGAGAGAGACUCAAGCAAGACCCUGACCAUGGACACCCUUUGUCAUAGAG